UUUUUGUUUUGUGCUCGCGACAGAUGGGCGACAGCAUUGAAUGGCAGGACGAGCUGGACGAGCGCGCGAAUUCAUUGCUCCACAUGGAUUCUCUCGUUCCCAAUCCUCCGCCGCACGAUCGAGCCGUAGGCGAGCGAUCGGUGUUCCUCAUCCUCUUUGCUCAUCACUCUUGAGGUUACCGUCCGCUUGUCGCGUGGAAUUUCUGGGAGGAAAAUAUCUAUCAUAUCAAUCGAUCGACAUGACCCUCUAGCAGCACGGCUCCAGUCUCGGCAUUUACCAGUGGCUGCUGAUCGCGAGAAGAGAAGCUUUUGUUUUACUCGCCGCGAUGGAUUCUUCGAGCAAGGCGAUGAAUGGCAGUGCCGGCGGCAGUCCAGUGGGCGACGACAGGAAAAUGGGCGAUCACGAGCACGAGUUCCGGAUUAGCAUCAUCCUACUGAGGAGCUUCUUGCUGGUUCUGGUGAUCAUCUCGGAGGCUCUCAUGGUCACCGAUCGAGAGACCGGCUCAGUCCCUCUUCCGUUCUUCGGCCUCCCAAGGCCCGUCUUCGUCACUAAAACCGCGAAGUAUGAGCUCGUCACUGGUCUCAAGUAAGUUCUCCUCUUUUCCCUCUUUCUCUGCCGCGAGAGCUCUGUUCCCUCGAUUUUGAUUCUCUCCCAGGUUCUAUGUGGAUGCGCUGGGAGUAGUGAUCGGCUACACAGUGCUCCAUCUUCUUUUCAACAUCGGCCUCGUUGCGACCAAGGGAACAGUGGUGGAUUGCAAAAGCGUUGCCUGGAUCUCUUUCAUCGCAGACUCGAUGAUGGGUUAUCUCCUGCUCAGCGGCGCCGCAGUGGCAACCGAGAUUGGAUACCUGGCCGAGGAAGGAGCUCCGGCGGUGCUGUGGAGAAAAGUUUGCAACGCUUUCGGCUACUUCUGCACGGUUUACGCGAUCUCGGUUGUAAUUUGCUUCAUCGCUGCGCUCGUUUCUUUCGUGGUGGUGGGCAUUUCGGCGUAUCAUCUCUUCCGGCUCUAUGGGAUCCAGCAGCAAGCGGCGCGCGAGAAAGAAAAGUUAUCCGCCGAGAUGUAAAUAGUUGAAAGCCUUUGGGAAAGUGUUUUAGGGUUCUUGGGUUUUGAAAGUUUUAGGGCUCUUGAAUGAUGGAAAGAGCUAUGGACGCUGCGCCGGCGCCCUACGAGGCGCCGCGGUCGUUCCAGCGCGUGGAGGCAAUGCAGCCGCUGCUGGACGAGGCCUUGGAUCCUAACAAGGAGCUGUGGCUGCUUCGGCUCCCCGAUCUAGAUCUCGAGGAGCUGUCGAAUACGAGCUGGAGAUUGAAGCUCGAGGCCGCCGAUGGCAAUAUGGGGCAUUUGGUAUGCAAUGGAGUGAAGUAUAGCUUUCAAAGACACGACAUUCAAGGGAGCAGUAAGUACGCCUAUGUUCCAACUCAAGACAAGAUCGAAGUGAGGCCAGUGCCGGUGGAAGUGAGCAUUGUGAGGAGCGUCGAGCCGACAAUUGCUCAUCCUGUUGCUGCCGAGAACGUGGAUGCUGCUCCAAAUCACGCGGAAGAGAUCGCGUCUGUGGGUGCUGUAUCCGAUCAGGAAAAGAGCGGGAUCACCAGAGAAUCUAGCAAGCGCAGCAAGUCUUUGUCCAAGAAACGAUCACAAUCCGAAGGCGGCGAAUCGAGCAAGGGAAAGAGAAGCAAGCUCGACUUGUCCAAAUAGUCGCCCAGGAACCCUAAGUUUUGUGGGGCAGGAAAUUUUAGGGUUCUUCGAUUUCUCUCGCGCUUGGGCAAGAUGGUGAUGAUCAGGCUGUACCAGUAUGCUGGGCUCACGAUUGGCACAUACUUUGCGCUCACUUACUACAUCGCCCACAAAGAUUGGGUCAGGGAAUUGAAGUACACGAGGGAAGAACAGAUCGAGAAGGCGAGGCAGCUCCGGCAAGAGAAGAAACGAAUGAGAGAGGAGCAAUUGAGGACUAAUCCCAUCUUGCGGGAAGAGCAAGAGAGGAGUGCCGAGGAGUGGAAAGUGAGAGUGGGCACAAUCCAUUAGAUCUUGUGGGUGAUGGAUCAUCGCGUUCCAGGGAAUAAACUCUUGAGUCGUGUGAUGAGAGAAGUUUCUCGAUGGAAAGUUCUCCCGGAGAUUUCGGAAGAACUGUUCAUGGAAAUCGGACAAAGCAGUGUGAAUUUGUCAAGGAAAUUUGUUGUUA